AGUCUCUAUUAAUUGUACAUUAGUUUCACUUGUAUAUUGCAGUUUAACAUCUUACUUCAUUCGUUAACUUUCAUUCGAAUAAUAGUAGCUAAAAUCCUGUUUAUACGUGUGCUGUUAUGUCACUUACAAUUUGUAUUUUGCUCACAAUAAUAUAGUUUAUGUUAUGAAUUUUUACGUUAAUAUUUAUUAAUAUUUUUGUAAAAUGGCCAAUAAAAAUAACACAAUUUGCACUUGUAUACUUCGAUUGUCAAUUUUUGUCGGUCUUCUAUCUGUGGUAGUUACUAUAAUAUAUUACACGCCAAUACCCGAUUUCGAAGAAUCUAAAAGAGUCAGUUGUGACAGAGAAUGUCAUGAACUUGAAUGGCCACAGAUAUGCCGUUAUAAAAUUGUACUAGAAGCUUUAAACAUCCGAAGAAACAAUCUAAAUUGUUUACACAAUCAAACCAACUCCAAUGAUUUGUAUUGUCGUAGUUCAAUAAACAAAAUUAUCACUGCAAAUAGACAACAUCCUGGACCAUCAAUUCACGUUUGUCAAAAUGAUGUAUUGGUAGUUGACAUUAUAAAUAAAAUACCAGGCCAUAGUCUAUCAGUACAUUGGAGAGGUCAAUUACAAAAAGAAACACCGGUAAUGGAUGGUGCUCCAAUGGUUACUCAAUGUUCAAUAUUGCCAUUCACAACAUUCCAGUACAAAUUUAGAGCUUCUGAAGCUGGUACUCAUUGGUGGCAAGUAUUAUCAGGAGAUGAAUUAACUGAAAAGUUAUUUGGAGUUUUCAUAGUAAAACAGUCAAAACGUAGAGAACCUCAUAGUACUUUGUAUGAUCACGAUUUGAACAACUUGUUAAUCGAACAAAUUUCUUCUGGUAAUAUUUACGAAAUGAGAGUUAAUGGAAAUACGUCUAACACGUCAAUAUCUCUUAAAACUAAUGGAAGGUAUAGAUUUAGAGUCAUAAAUUUUGGAGGUGAUUUAAAGUGUCCCGUUUAUAUUAAGUUUAAUCAACAUCAUUUAACAAUUAUUUCAAUUGAUGGAAAUCCAGUAGUACCAAAAAUUGUAGAUUCUAUCAUUAUUAAAUCAGAUGAAACUUUAGAUUUUAUUGUGACAACAAGUGAGGGAAAAGGCAUUUAUUAUAUGGUUAUGAAAUCCACAAGUCAUUGUUUAAAUAUGGAUUUAAAUCACAUUAUAACUGUUUACUACAAUUCGUCUUUAAAUGCUAUUAUUGAAGAUAUAAAAAAUCCAAUACAUAUUAAAGAAGAUUUAUCGGAGCCAAAUUUGAUUACAUCUAGUUUAAAACCAUUACCAUACAAGUUAUCUACUCCUAAUGUCGAUAAUAUAGUUUAUCUAGGAUUUUCCACUGUAAGACAGAACUUAGGAACCUUGUGGUCUAAACCAGCUUUUAAUAAUAUAUCGAUGAUAUUACCAUCUCAGCCGUUACUUUUAAAUCAUCCUGAAGAUCUAGAAAUUUGUAAUAUAGGAAAUUUGCCCAAAAGAUGCUCAAUAAGUUUUUGCGAGUGUACUCAUAUAAUUGAUAUACAAUUUGGCUCUUCAGUAGAAAUUGUAAUCUUUGACGCAGAACAUACAAAUGAUCAAAAAAAGGCUCCUCAUUCAUUUCAUCUGCAUGGAUAUCAUUUUUACGAAGUUGGUGAAAAAUCUGAAAUUUACUUGAAUUUAAUUGAUCAAAUAAGAAAAUUAGAUAAUGACGGGAAAUUAUUAAACAGAAAUCUUAAUAAUCCCGUUUUAAAAAAUUCAGUUUCAGUGCCUUUUGCUGGUGUAUCAGCUAUACGAUUUUUGGCAGAUAAUCCCGGAUAUUGGCUUUUAAGAAGCGAAAAGACAUUAGAAUGGUCUGAUGGCUUAUCAUUGAUCAUCAAAGUGACGAGUCCUUCUGGAAGUUAUCCUUCCGUACCAAAAGAUAUUCCAACAUGCGGAAAUUUUAUUGGGCCCGAUUUUUUCUUAGCAUAGUUUUAUAAAAAAUUAAAAUAAGUCAUAUAAUAUUACCAAUUAGAUACCAAAUACAGUUAUUAAGUACAGAGUGUCCCAUCAUUUUUUUAAAUCUUUAAUAACUUUUUAGCGAAUAUUUUACAUUACUUUUUUUAAAAAUAAAUUUUAUAGUUUUGAACUACGUUAGAAGUAUAUUUUAUAAUUUGUCUCAAAUAAAAAAACAAAUAAAAAUAUAUUUUUUAAUUUUCUCAUUUUUUUAAAUUUUCAAAAUUUUCAUUGUUUAGUUUUUUUUUCAAAAAAUGUUGAUGAGUCAUUAAAAACUUUAGGAUAAGUACAUAAGGAAUUACAGGUAUUUUAAUAAAUAACUGAGUAUAUAGUGCAGGCAGAAUAUGCAUAUAAAUGUACACUAAUAUAUAAACUGUAACCAAACAGUACAGUAUAAAAUAAAAAAUAUGCUUUCACAUAGUCCAAAAAUAUAGAAAUUAUUAAAAAAAAGGAAGGAACGCAAAAUAUUUGCUGGAUCAAAAGUUAUUAAAGAUGUUAAAACCUCUUGGAGCACAUAUAUAGUAAUAUUGAUCUCUUAAGAUUUUAUACUAAAAUUCUUCAUUUAAUUUAAUCUAAUUUUAAUGUCUUAUGUGAUACAUGAUCAUUAUAAUUUUAAUGUGUAUAUUUAUACAAAGGAUUGUAAAAAAAAAUAUGACUUUUAAUUUAGGGAAAUAAAUAGAACUAUUUGUAUAAUAAGAAAUAUGUGAAACACAUCCAUAUUAUGUAUAUUAAAUAAAAUCCAGUUCUGCAUAGUGAAUCGAUUAAAAUCUUACAGCAUAAUUAAUGCUAAAAUUUAAAUUAAACACAAGUUUAAUUUAAAUAAGUGCAAAAAAAAAAAUAAUUAUAAAAAUAAUCAUGAAAACUUGUCUAAAUAACAUUUUUUUUGUGUUAUACUAACUAAUGAUAAUAUCAAAAACUAGAGUUUAUAGAAAAAAUCUAAUUGCAGAAAAUCGGUUUAGAAAAGUAUAUUCUGGUUUCAAAUAAAAAUUACUCGUA